AUGCUAAACAAACCAGCGAAGAAUGGAAUCCAAUUUCUAGUACUCGUAGAUGCCAAAAGUUUCUACAUUUUCAAUUUAGAAGUUUAUGCGGGGAAGCAACCUGCUGAGCCGUAUGCUCUCAGCAACAGCGCUUUUUCUGUAGUGGAAAGACUGAUAAUGCCUAUAUUUAAAACUAACAGGAAAAUGACAUUUGAUAACUGGUUUACCAGUGAUGAAUUGAUGAUGCAUCUACUAACUGAGGAUAGACUUACUUCUACCGGAACAGUUUAUAAAAACAAAAGAUGCAUACCAUCUGCAUUUUUGAAGACUGGAAAAGAGCCAGGAACAAUGUUUGGCUUUCAAAAGGAUAUUUCUUUGGUCUCUUACGCUCCGAACAAGAAUAAAGUGGUAGUUGUAAUGUCCACCCUUCAUCAGGACGACAAGAUCGAUGAGAGUACUGGGGAUCAGAAAAAGCCGGAAAUGAUUACAUUCUACAAUUCAACUAAAGCUGGAGUAGACGUUGUCGACGAAUAG